AUUUUGAGUGAAUCAAGGUGUGUUGUGAUGGUGUAAUUUGUGAACAAGAUUUUCUUUUUAAUUGAUAAAAACUUGUUUUGUAGUGAUAUUGAGUGACUUUUUCUAGUGUAAUUGUUACUUGCAAUGUGACACCCAAACUUCAUCUGCCAUGUCGACCCCGACACACAAGAAUACUGAUCCUCCUCCCUCAGAAGAGGUGGGGCCGUUCCGGUCUGUGGAGAUCAGUCCCCCAUUCGCCCACCUCCCUCAAAAAGAGAUGACAAGAGAGUCGCCAUCAAGUAGUCCGGCGCUCAGUCGGAGAAAUGAACUCAAUAACCUGGCCAACGGGCACGAAUUCCAGCACCAGAUACUGCAGCUGAAGAAACAGCAGCAGUUACAGCAGCAGAUUCUGCUGCAGCACUUCCAAGCGCAGCAGCAACAGUUGGCAGAGCAGCAUGAGCAGCAACUCAGACAUCACCUCAAGGAGCUAUGGGAGCAACAGAAGGCCCUGGAAGAUCAACAGAGAGAGCAGAGAGAGAAGGAGAGAUUGGAGUCUCUCAAGAAGAAGGAGAAACAUGAGCAAAGUGCAGUGGCCAGCUCGGAGGUUAAGCAGAAACUGCAGGGAUUUCUUUUGAACAAAAAACACCGGGAAGCUGCUGCAGCCAAUGGAGCGAUUCCUACCUCCGGCCAAGCCUACCGCAACUGGUCGGUAUUACAAGGUACACCUGGUGAGCCCAAUGCUACCAACAGCACUACCUCGCCGUAUCGUCUACUGGGCAAGUACGAUGAAGACUUCCCACUCAGAAAGACAGCCUCCGAGCCCAACCUACUGAAAGUGCGGCUGAAGCAACGAGUGAUUGAGCGCCGCGCGAGCCCCAUCGCCCGUCCUAAGGAUCGACCUAUCAAGCGCCGGGCUCAUCUUGCAAAGUCGACCAGCAGCAACCCUGACUCGGGACCAAACUCUCCCCCUGUGUCUCAGAUGUCACCCUCUGCUGGUCACAACACUCCCAUACAAGAGGAGGGAGAGACCCAGUAUGGUCAACUGUCCACUAGUCCUGGCAGCAUGAACGACAUCUCCGGCCUCUACACUUCCCCCUCCAUGCCCAACAUCUCACUUGGCCGACCACCCACCUCUACCCCUAAUGAGAACAAGCUGGCGCCAGUGUCGGAGGCAGAGGUCAGAGCUGCGUUUGCUGCUAGACUGGGAAUGCCUCUCACUGGGCAAAUGUUGUCCGGCACCCUACCCUUCUACCCCACCCUCCCAGUAAUAGAAGCGGAGUACGGAAGUGCAGCGUACACACACAAGCAGAUGGCGUCAUUGGAGCAGUCUCGUGUGGGUGUUCACUCUCUGUAUCCUUCCGCGGGUAUUACAGACACACAGGUGGCACAUGCUAGGCUCAACAAGCAAGGUCACCGACCCCUAGGACGGACACAGAGUGCGCCACUGCCCUUGGGACAUCCCAUGUUGACUGCUGGACUAGUCAUGGACCCGGCGCCUUCACACCAUCAGAUCACCACUCACAACCUGCUCCGACAGCAAAUCAGACAGACAGUUCUGACGAGAGCAGGCAGCAGAGCUCAGUCUCUCAGUGGCAGUCAGCUGGACGAGGCUCCAGAGGGAGAGGAUCUCACUGAGGUUAUAGACCUGACGGAGAAAGACAAGAAGGCAGAUAUGGAGGGAGAGAGUGAGAUCUGUCGCCAGCAGAGAGAGAGGGAGAGUUUUCUGCAACAACAGAGGGACUUGAUGAUGAGGCACACGUUACAAGUCAGCGAAGGUUCUGCCUUUACUCCCCGAGCGUCUCAUGUUGUAAGGCCGCUGAGUCGAGCGCUCUCUAGUCCUCUGGUGGCGCUCAGUCCGGAGAACGUUCCCUCAUCCAACCCUUCACAGAGUAGUCCCUCGGUGGUGACGACAGGUCUGGCCUACGAUGGACUGAUGUUGAAGCACGCUUGUGUUUGUGGAGACAACAGUCUACACCUGGAGCACGGCGGACGUCUGCAGAGUGUGUGGGCCAGGCUGGGAGAGACUGGUCUGGUCGCUAGGUGUGACAGAGUACGCAGUCGCAAGGCUACAUUGGAGGAGCUACAGCUGUGCCACAGUGAGGCACACACACUCCUAUUUGGUACAAACCCUCUGAACAGACAGAAGCUUGACAUGAGCAAGUUGUCCAUGUUGCCCAUCAAGAGCUUUGUGCGUCUGCCAUGUGGAGGGGUGGGGGUUGACUCCGACACUACGUGGAAUGAGCUUCACACUGGACCUGCCGCUCGCAUGGCUGCUGGCUGUGUCAUCGAGCUGGCGUUUAAAACUGCCACUGGUGAGAUGAAGAACGGAAUGGCUGUGGUGAGACCACCGGGACAUCAUGCGGAGGCAUCACAGCCAAUGGGCUUCUGCUUCUUCAACUCCAUCGCUAUUGCGACUAGACUUGUCCAACAGCGCCUGGACGUGAGAAGGAUACUCAUCGUAGACUGGGACGUUCACCAUGGUAAUGGGACCCAGCAGGUGUUCUACGACGACCCUAGAGUCCUCUACCUGUCUCUACACAGGCACGACGACGGCAACUUCUUCCCUGGAACUGGGGGACCUACAGAGUGUGGCACAGGAGCAGGUGUUGGCUUCAAUGUGAACAUAGCCUGGUCUGGAGGUCUAAACCCUCCCCUAGGAGACGCCGAGUACCUGGCUGCCUUCCGCACUGUGGUCAUGCCUAUAGCCAAGGAGUUCAACCCUGAGCUGGUGAUGGUGUCAGCUGGGUUUGAUGCAGCAACUGGCCACCCUUCACCACUAGGAGGCUACAAGCUGUCUCCAGCAUGCUUUGGCUACAUGACCCGUCAACUCAUGCAGCUCGCUCACGGCAAGGUGGUGUUGUCGCUGGAAGGUGGGUAUGACCUGGCAGCUAUCUGUGACUCAGCGGAGGAGUGUGUGAAGGCAUUGCUGGGCGAUGACCCGAGACCUCUCACGUCUGAGGAGCUACACCGCUCACCUUGUCAGAACGCAGUUGACACUUUGCAGAAGACCAUCGCUGUCCAGUUGAGUCACUGGGCUGUGUUGAAGCAGACGGCUCAUCUUGUGUCUUGCUCAGCCAUGGAGGCGAGUUACUCAGAGAGAGAAGAAUCUGACACUGUCUCAGCCAUGGCGUCACUCUCUAUGCAACAACAGGCCUCCUCACAAAUUCAGAGUCCAGAGAGGUCAAGAGAAGAGUCAGUUGAGCCCAUGGAGGAAGAUGAAGUCAAGUGAAGGAUCAGUGCAUCUUCUUGUGUCGGUUGCUCCUCUUGUGUCGUCGAUGGAUGGCAAAGUCCGUCGUCGCUUGGUCGCGUCCGGACGCCAUCCUCACGUCAUUCCUCGUAGCAUGCUUCUGUCUGUUACCGUUCAUUGUAUGUUAACCCGCCCGGUGAUGUUAUGUUACGAGCCUUCUCUACCUCAGUUUUCUUUUUGAAGGCCUUUACACUUUUUUGUCUUCCAUUAGUCUUGUUUUCAUCGUUAAGUUCUAUCUUAAUGAUGUGUCUCGGAUUGUAAUUCGGAUUCUUUUGUACCGUUUUCCAUUGUUGUGUCUAUGAUGUAACAAUUUUUACUUUGGUUUAUGGGUGAGAUUGUACUCGGUGUAUGCGAGAAAGGCGGGGUCGUUAAAAACGGGAAUAUUCUCAAAGCUUUAUUCCAGAAUGUGAAAUUUGUCAUUAGGAAUGUAAAGUCUUGGUGAAUUGAUUUUUUUUUUACUGUUUAAUGUUGAUCGUUUAUUAUUCGUAAUGAUGAAGUGUUAUAUUGCUAAAAACUUUAUUGUGAAUUCGUCUAUUUCCAAUUUAAUACAUUUCCAUGUUUUGAAUUUCGCUUGGUAGUCUAGUGUAGUAGAUGACAGACGCGAUUUAUUUGGAAAAUGGAAAAGACAUAGGUUAAGAUAUCUGUUAUGAAUAAGGCAUUAAGUUUGCAUUUGAAACCAUGACAUAUUUUGUUCAACUUGAGACAGGGAUCAUUCACAAUAACUAAGCACAUGUUUACUCACCAAAAGUACCUAAUGUUCUUGUAGUUACAUUUUCAUAAAGCCACUGGUUUGAACCAACACUGUGUAUACAAAUAACAAGCUUUAAGAAUAGAUAUUAAAGAAGCCAAGGAUUUCCUACAAUUUUGCAUGUUCAAGGUAUAGCAACUAUUUUGCUUAAAUUAGUUCUCCUGGUAAUUAUUUUCAAGUUAGUGUGACAAUAAAUAAUUCUGUUACAAAUUUUUAUCUAACA